GCGCGCAUCAGUGGUAGGAGGGGACAGAGCCGCUCCUCGGGCGCACCGGCAGCCCCGGCUCCGCAGGUGCCGCCCGACCGGCACCGGCACGGCUCGGCUCCGCUUGGCUCGGCACGGAGUGGAACGGAACAGAACAGCACGGAACGGAGAGGCUCAGCUCGGAGCGGCUGCCGCGGGACGGGCCGUCGCGGCCGCACUAAGAUGUGCCAUGAGCGGUCCGGGCUCGGCGCCGACCGGCCGCUCCGCCUGAGCCACGGGCAGCAGCCGCCCGCUCCUCCGCUGCCCCUGGGGCCGUAGGGCCGCGCCGGCCCGCGCCCUCCCCAACGAUGCCCCAUCUCUGGCCGGUUCUCCGCGGCGUGCUCUGGGAAUACUGGGCAGCGCUCCUGGUCGGCGGCCUCUGUGGCCAGGGCUCGCACGGGAUGCCGCAUGUCAUCCGGAUAGGAGGAAUCUUCGAGUAUGCCGAUGGCCCCAAUACCCAGGUUAUGAGUGCUGAGGAACAAGCCUUCAGAUUUUCUGCCAAUAUUAUUAACCGGAACAGAACUUUGUUGCCUAACACAACACUAACCUAUGACAUUCAGAGGAUACACUUUCACGACAGUUUUGAAGCAACCAAGAAAGCCUGUGACCAGCUUGCUCUGGGGGUCGUAGCAAUAUUUGGACCUUCCCAAGGCUCCUGUACCAAUGCCGUCCAAUCUAUCUGCAAUGCCCUGGAAGUCCCCCACAUACAGCUUCGAUGGAAGCAUCACCCUUUGGAUAACAAGGACACUUUCUAUGUCAACCUUUAUCCCGACUAUGCUUCCCUUAGCCAUGCCAUUCUGGACCUUGUGCAGUAUUUGAAAUGGAGGUCAGCCACUGUGGUUUACGAUGACAGUACAGGCCUUAUCCGGCUGCAGGAGCUCAUCAUGGCCCCAUCGAGGUACAACAUCCGGCUCAAGAUCCGCCAGCUCCCGCUGGACACGGAUGAUGCGCGGCCGCUGCUGAAGGAGAUGAAGCGGGGCCGGGAAUUCCGCAUCAUCUUUGACUGCAGCCACCUGAUGGCAGCUCAGAUCCUCAAGCAGGCCAUGGCGAUGGGAAUGAUGACAGAAUACUACCACUUCAUCUUCACCACUCUGGAUCUUUAUGCAUUAGACCUAGAACCAUAUCGCUACUCGGGAGUGAACCUGACCGGCUUCCGGAUCCUCAACGUGGAGAACCCGCACGUGUCCUCCAUCAUCGAGAAGUGGUCCAUGGAGCGGCUGCAGUCAGCGCCCAAGGCAGAGCUGGGGCUGCUCGAUGGCGUGAUGAUGACAGACGCUGCCCUGUUGUACGACGCGGUGCACGUGGUCUCCGUGUGCUACCAGCGCGCGCCACAGAUGACGGUGAACUCCCUGCAGUGCCACCGGCACAAAGCCUGGAGGUUCGGCGGCCGCUUCAUGAAUUUCAUCAAGGAGGCCCAAUGGGAAGGAUUAACGGGACGAAUUGUCUUCAAUAAAACAAGUGGUUUGCGGACAGAUUUUGACUUGGAUAUCAUCAGCCUCAAAGAAGAUGGUCUUGAAAAGGUUGGAGCGUGGAGCCCUUCUGAUGGUUUGAACAUCACAGAAAUCUCCAAAGGACGAGGCCCUAAUGUCACAGACUCGCUGAGCAACAGAUCUCUCAUUGUCACCACGGUCCUGGAAGAGCCCUUCGUCAUGUUCCGUAAGUCCGACACGGCCCUGUUUGGGAACGACCGCUUUGAGGGCUACUGCAUCGACCUCCUGAAGGAGCUGGCCAUCAUCCUGGGCUUCACCUACGAGAUCCGGCUGGUGGAGGACGGGAAAUACGGGGCACAGGAUGAGAAGGGGCAGUGGAACGGCAUGAUCAAGGAGCUCAUCGACCACAAAGCUGACCUGGCCGUUGCUCCCCUCACCAUCACCCACGUUCGGGAGAAGGCAAUAGACUUCUCCAAGCCCUUCAUGACUCUGGGGGUCAGCAUCUUGUACCGCAAGCCCAACGGGACCAACCCCAGCGUGUUCUCCUUUCUCAACCCCCUGUCUCCUGACAUCUGGAUGUACAUCCUCCUCGCCUACCUGGGGGUCAGCUGUGUGCUGUUUGUCAUUGCCAGGUUCAGCCCAUACGAGUGGUACGAUGCUCAUCCCUGCAACCCGGGAUCAGACAUUGUGGAGAACAACUUCACCCUAUUGAACAGCUUCUGGUUUGGGAUGGGAGCGCUCAUGCAGCAGGGCUCGGAGCUGAUGCCCAAAGCACUGUCUACACGGAUCAUUGGUGGCAUAUGGUGGUUCUUCACCCUAAUUAUCAUCUCGUCCUACACGGCCAACCUUGCUGCCUUCCUGACAGUGGAGAGGAUGGAGUCCCCCAUCGACUCGGCAGAUGACUUGGCAAAGCAGACAAAAAUAGAGUACGGAGCAGUGAAGGAUGGAGCUACCAUGACCUUCUUCAAGAAAUCCAAAAUUUCCACAUUUGAAAAAAUGUGGGCUUUCAUGAGCAGCAAACCCACAGCACUUGUCAAAAACAACGAGGAAGGAAUCCAGAGAACCCUCACGGCGGAUUAUGCUCUGCUCAUGGAGUCAACCACCAUCGAGUACAUCACCCAGAGGAACUGCAAUCUCACUCAGAUCGGGGGGCUCAUCGACUCCAAAGGCUACGGCAUUGGGACUCCCAUGGGGUCGCCGUACAGGGACAAGAUCACCAUUGCCAUCCUCCAGCUCCAGGAGGAGGACAAGCUCCACAUAAUGAAGGAGAAGUGGUGGCGGGGGAACGGCUGCCCUGAGGAUGAGAACAAGGAGGCCAGUGCCCUGGGCAUCCAGAACAUCGGUGGGAUUUUCAUCGUGCUGGCAGCAGGAUUGGUGCUGUCUGUCUUCGUGGCCAUGGUGGAGUUCAUCUACAAGCUGCGCAAAACAGCGGAGCGAGAGCAGCGUUCCUUCUGCAGCGCCAUGGCCGAUGAGAUCCGGCUGUCCCUCACGUGCCAGCGGCGGGUCAAACACAAGCCUCAGCCACCCGUCAUGGUGAAGACGGAUGCCGUGAUCAACAUGCACACGUUCAAUGACCGACGGCUGCCAGGGAAGGACAACAUGACCUGCAACACUGGACUGACACCUGUGUUUCCCUAGGGAAUGGGAAUGGGGGGGUGGGAGGGAAGGCAGUGCGGCAGACAAGGCUGGAUGCGCUCUAAGUGGGGAAGAAAGGAUUAAAAACAAAACAAGAAAAA